CCUUCCCACUCAUUUGCAUGUGUUAUGAUGUCCCAUGGAGGAGAGCAUGUCUGCUUAGAAGAAGAAGCUGGCCCUGUGUAGGAGUUUCCUGAGAGUUUUCUGAAGGCACCAGAAGAACAGGUGCUCAGUGCCAGGGGAUUGAUUCAUUUUUCCUUCACUUUCUCCCUCCCUCCCCUGUCCUUGUAAAAUGGUCUCCAAAUUAUCGUCUUUGCAGCAGGAACUUCUCAGUGCUCUGCUGAACUCUGGAAUAACCAAAGACGUGCUGAUUCAAGCCCUGGAGGACCUCAUCCCCACACCCAGCUUUGGGGUGAAGCUGGAGAACAUGCACAUGUCUCCUGGGCAGGACCCUGAUAUCAAGCCCGUUUUCCACACUCUUACUAAUGGCCAUCACAAGGGCAAACUUUCUGGAGAUGAGGGUUCAGAGGAUGGGGAAGACUUUGACACCCCACCAAUCCUCAAGGAGCUGCAAUCUCUCAACACCGAGGAGGCGGCGGAGCAGAGAGCUGAGGUGGACAGAAUGCUGAGUGAAGAUCCAUGGAGAGCUGCAAAGAUGAUUAAAGGAUAUAUGCAGCAACAUAACAUUCCCCAAAGAGAAGUGGUUGAUAUUACUGGACUGAACCAAUCACAUCUUUCCCAACAUCUCAACAAAGGAACACCAAUGAAAACUCAAAAACGUGCUGCUCUAUAUACCUGGUAUGUCAGGAAGCAAAGGGAGAUACUAAGACAAUUCAGCCAAACAAUCCAGGGUUCUGGAAUUAUGACAGACAAAAGCAGUCAGGAUCAGCUGCUGUUUCUCUUUCCAGAGUUUAACCAACAAAAUCAAGUCGCAGGGCAAUCUGAUGAUUCUUGCUCAGAACCUGCAAGCAAGAAAAUGAGACGUAAUCGCUUCAAAUGGGGGCCUGCUUCCCAACAUAUUCUUUACCAGGCAUAUGAAAGACAAAAGAACCCCAGCAAAGAAGAAAGAGAAGCUUUGGUAGAAGAAUGUAACAGAGCAGAAUGUCUACAGCGGGGAGUAUCUCCAUCAAAGGCACAUGGCUUGGGAUCAAAUUUAGUGACAGAAGUUCGUGUUUAUAACUGGUUUGCUAACAGGCGGAAAGAAGAGGCAUUUCGACAGAAAUUAGCCAUGGACGCCUAUAGUACAGGGUCAUCACAUCCACACAACAUGAAUCCACUUAUGUCACACGGGUCUCCACAUCAUACACAGUCAAGUUCUUCUCCACCGACCAAAUUGCAAGGAGUAAGAUUCAAUCAACAAGGAAACAACGAGGUCACUUCAUCAACAAUAAAUCACCAUGGCAACAAUGCCAUGUUGACCAGUCAGUCAGUCCUCCAGCAGGUUUCUCCAGUGAGCUUGGAUCCUGGCCAUAGCAUGCUUUCACCUGAUGGUAAAUUGAUUCCUGUUUCUGGAGGAGGUUUGCCACCUGUAAGCACCUUGACGAAUAUUCACAGUUUGUCACAAUCAGUUCUCAAUAAUUCCCAACAGUCACAGAACCUCAUCAUGGCACCUAUUUCUGGAGUCAUGGCAAUAGCACAAAAUUUGAACACCACUCAAGCACAGAGUGUCCCUGUCAUCAACAGUGUUGCAGGAAGCCUAGCAGCUUUACAGUCAGUGCAGUUUUCACCACAGCUGCACAGUCCACAUCAACAUUCUCUAAUGCAACAUUCUUCUGGUCAUAUGACACAACAGCCAUUUAUGGCUACUAUGACUCAACUUCAAAAUUCUCACAUGUAUGCACAUAAACAGGAACCUCCCCAGUAUUCACACACAUCACGUUUUCCUUCAGCAAUGGUUGUCACAGAUACCAGCAGUAUCAGCACAUUAUCAAACAUGUCUUCUAAUAAACAGUGUCCUUUGCAAGCCUGGUGAUAUCCUACUGCACUUAUCUUCCUUUUGCAUAGCUACAUGAACAUCUUGGUGAAAACAUUUAGAACUGUGAUGUUGCCAAGUCGAUCUGACUCAAGAUCAAUUUUAGAUGCUGGAUGAUUGAGAGCUAUGAUCUCUGAACAAGAUAGAUGUUAUUCAGAGAUGAAUACUCUCAUAAUAUCAAUGACAGUGCUUGAUUUUCAGUCUCCUCCUCAGGUGAUUUGAACUUGAAGAAGUGUUUCCCUCAUUUUCAUGAACCAGACAUAAAUGUAAACUUAUAUUUGAGCAAAACUAUAAACCCAUGAGGUUUGUACAGAGUGCUACUGGAUCAGUGUGACUGAAACUACAAAAUCAGGUGCCAAAAAGGACACAAAGCUGAACUGAGCCAUUGUAAAUAUUGUUGGAAUAAAACAGUGAGCGAUUGCUAUAGACGUUAAUCUGUUGAAUAGUUGUAAAUUGUAAAAAAAAGUGCAAUUAUAUUGUAUAUAAUGCAUAAUAUAAAGUUUGACUUUGUUUAACGGGAUAGGUCAAAUAGCCAAAAAGAAAGCAUUUGAUCAACAUAGAUAAAACCACUGGAUGAAUUUGCCAUGUUGCACAAAGAAGGUUUUUCAGUAUGCUGUAUUGCGCAAGAUGCAGUUCAGGAUGUCGCCAUACUGAUAGCAUUGGAACCAAUAUGUAACAUAGGUCUUCAUAUAAAAUUGUUGUUUAGUCCUUGUCUGAAGUACAGUACUGUGCAAACUCGGUUUUAGGCAGGUGUAGAAAAAAGGCUGCAAAGUAAGAAUGCU